CAAGCAGCCAGAGCGGAAACAAAUUACUCUUGUUUCUGCUGCGUUUGGGCUCCAAUUCAGCUGAACCUGCUGAGGACUGAUUUCACAAACUAGAACUAACAUAUUUUAGGUGGGAGCAGUGAGCGUCUUCUAUAAGCCUGCAGAUGGCACAUUCAGCGAACAAAAUAAGAGUGUGACCUUCUGAAUCACCCUCUCACAAACACCAGCGGGCGGGGCCGGCCCUGCCAGAAGGGGGCGUGGUCAAAUGGACAGCCGAUGCAGCAGCAGUGCCGACUCCAGGACGGCGGUCCGCGUGACCGUCAACUCCACGCCCAUGUCGGCCCACGUGGAGUCCUAUGAAGCGGCGGAGAAGAAGUGCAUCUCCGACGUCAGGAGGACCUUCUGCCUCUUUGUUACCUUUGACCUUUUGUUCAUCACCUUGCUCUGGAUCAUUGAGCUCAACGUGAACGGCGGCAUUCCGAAGCAGCUGGAUGAAGAAGUCCUUCAUUACAACUACCACGCCUCUUUCUUUGACAUUUUUCUACUAGCAGUGUUCAGGUUCACCUCGCUCAUCCUGGCCUACGCCGUCUUCAGGCUGCGUCACUGGUGGGCCAUCGCGGUCACCACAGCAGUAAGCUGCGCCUUCCUGAUUGUCAAAGUAAUUUUAUCCAAGCUGCUGUCUCAGGGGGCUUUUGGGUACCUGCUGCCUAUCAUCUCCUUUGUGCUGGCCUGGAUAGAAACAUGGCUACUGGACUUCAAGGUUCUUCCUCAGGAGGCUGAAGAUGAAAACAGGUACCAGUCCAUCUUGGACGCCAGUGAGCGAGCGCCUCUCUUGUGUCCCGGACCAAUGUCUGAUGGACAGUUCUACUCGCCGCCAGAGUCCGUGGCAGAUACUGACGAGGACCUGGAUGACAAACAAGGACUCUGGCACUGAUGCAUGCUGGGAGGACAUUCUUUACUGAUGAUUACGUCUUUUUUGUCUUCCUGUCAGGAUGUCCUAAGAGGACAUUUUGAAGGGAAAACUGCCUUACACUUUGUGACAUUUUAAUGUCGCACAUGUGCACACACAAAAACCUUUCUUGAUAUCAACAGAGGCGCCAGAGGACGUUGAUGGAAUAAAAGUCCUGAAUUGAUGUUGGCUUACUUGAUAAGCUCUUAGAGGAGUUAAGCUUUGCUCUGCAUGAAGAAGGGAAGACGCUGAGGCCAGUAAGAUGUUCUCCACUCAACCUGCAGCCGACCUUCAAAAUACAACAUGAACAUCAAGAAAGACAAAAGCUGGCUGGAAUUAAAUGUGCAGCCUUUCAAAAUAAAAAUCUCAGAGGUCACCAUGUGAA